AUGUACAUGGAUGUGGUAUCAGGUUCUGCUGGCAUCGAUCAUGUGGAAACAGUGAACUAUGCACCGGGCUGCGAGCUUGCAACGUUCACUUUCUACUGGCGCUGGGCAGCCCUGAGGGCUCCCGAAGCGCUCAUGCCAUCUAACGGUCGACCACAGAAGUGCAAGAGUUUGUCGCAGAAAGGUUUUUUUGCAUUUCUCGUGAACAUUCCUCCGCCUCACUCCCAUCACACCGUUCCCCACUUCAGCCCAGACGAAGCUUUUCUCCACCUGCGCGUCCUCGCGCCCUCCGUUGGGCCCAGCCGCCUCAGGCGGAGUCCCCAAGGGGUCCCACCCGCCGCUGCCCUCCUUCCCCCUCCCGGUCGCCCGUCCGCCCCCGCCCCCACCUCCCCGCAAGGUGUCGCCGCCGCCGCGAGCUCCAGGGAGGAGGCGCCUCGAGGCCGGCGGGAGGCUCCGGGUGACGCGGCCCGGCUUGGCCCGGCCGCCGCCCGCGGGAGCAGCAAGGGGAACAGACCCCACCGCCCGUGCCGCACCGGUGCUCCGAUAAGGCGCCGCAGCCCCGGCGCCCCAUUACCUGCUCUGGGCAGCCGCGGCCGGCGGGAGGCGCGAUCGCUCUGGCCCCUGCAGCCCCGGGUCGGGAGACAAGGAGGCAGCGACCGCAGCCGCCGCAAAGGACAAUCAGGAGGCAGCGGGUUCGGCACCAAUUCGGCGGGCGCAGAACGCUCGAGCCCAACGGGAGCCCGGCCCCCACCACCAGCCGGGGUCACCAAAGAAGUGGACAUUUACUCACCAAGCCAGCCUAUCAGUGGGUGGAAGGCUGAUCACAACAGCUCCAGAGGUGUAAGGAGAAUGAAGAUGUCCAAGGCAGGCGCUCCCCAGGGCUGCAUGUCUGGCUGCCAAAAUCGCCGUCAACAGUUGCAGAAUGGAUUUUCUCCUGCCUCCGUCACUGGAUUUUUUCAACAUUCUUGGGUACUCUUUUCUCUGAUUAUCUAGACUGAAAACAGUUAACACACAGGCAUAGUAAAGCAUUUAUUCUUA